CAAAUCACUGCGAGAGCUGAAUCUAGCUAGGCUAAUGAGACUUGCAACAUCUGCUUAGUAGAGAAAGAUAUUAUGCAAAUGUUUUCCGUGGAUGGUUGCUUGCACCGCUAUUGUCGUUCAUGUAUGAAGCAACAUGCAGAAGUUAAGUUACUCCAUGGGCUGGUGCCCGGAUGCCAUCAUGAAGGUUGUCAAACUCAGUUGAUUGUAGAUAGCUGUAAAAAGUUUUUGACCACUAAAUUUAUUGAAAUGUUGACGCAACAUUUUAAGGAAGCAUCUGUUCCUGUUAUGGAGAAACUCUAUUGCCCAAACCCGAAGUGCUCUACGUUGAUGCGGAAGAGUGAGGUUCUAUCUUCUAAUGAUUUAUUUGGAUCUGCAAAUCAAUCCAGAGCCUAUAAAUGCAUCAAAUGCCAUGGUAUUUUCUGUAUCAACUGCAAGGUCCCAUGGCAGCGUGGCGUGUCCUGCCUUGAGUAUAAAAGGCUAAUUGAUUUCUUGUGUAAUUUGGUCGCCAAUAUGUUCGACGGGAUCAAGGUGUACAAGGCUGUACUCUAGUUCGCAAUUUAUUGU